GAGGAAGAAGAGGAGGAGGAGGAGGAGGAAGAGGGGGAAGAGGAAGAGGAACAGGAAGAGAGAGCAAGCGCUUGGCGUUUCAGGGCUUGCCGAAGAGGGGGUCCCUGCCACGUGUCUUUAAGUGCCAGACAGGCACUGGGCACAGGGCUAACUUCAGGAAGAGUGACCGACGAAGACAAACUCGCGACAGUUCCAGAUCGCAGAAGACGAUGGAUCUCUACAUCAAAUUGUGGCAAAGCCAUAAAACGAAAUGCCCGGCCCGCCCUAUCGACACGUCUCGGGGUGCGACAGGGAGGAUAUAUUAAGGAAAAGGGGAUGGAAAAAAGAGAAGGAGAGAGGAGGAGAGAGGAGGAGGAGGAG